AUGCGGUUGCUCGACACAAAAGACACGGAAAAUCUUCGAGUGCAGGAAUUCUCUCAACGAAAUAUACCCUCGUAUGCUAUUCUUUCCCAUAGGUGGGAGGAAGAGGAAGUCACUUUUGAAGAUAUCAAAAACGGUGACUUUAAGCAGAAGAAGGGGUUUGGAAAGCUAGAAGGAUGUUGCAAAAGGGCCAGGGAAGAUAAAUACAAUUGGAUCUGGGUUGACACUUGUUGUAUUGACAAAUCGAGCUCCGCGGAACUAAAUGAGGCCAUCAACUCAAUGUAUCGCUGGUACCAGGAAUCUGCUGUUUGUUAUGCAUAUUUAUCUGACUUAGAGGAGAUCGGCUCUUUGGGUCAAAGCAAAUGGUUCACUCGUGGAUGGACAUUACAAGAACUCAUAGCACCACGUCAUCUACUACUAUUUGAUAUGCACUGGCGUCUAUUAGGAACAAAGAUCGAGCAUGCAGCUGCUAUCGAACGCAUCACAGGUGUUCUUAGGAGUAUCAUACUCAGACAAAUUUACCCAGGAUACUGUAAUGCUGCCCAAAGAAUUUCAUGGGUUUCAAACCGAGAAACCACUCGGGAAGAAGACAUGGCAUACUGCUUGAUGGGACUGUUCGAUGUUCAUAUGUUGCCAAUAUAUGGAGAGGGCUCCGAAAAUGCAUUCCUUCGACUUCAGCAAGAGAUUCUUAAGCGAACUUCAGACCCCACUCUAUUUUUAUGGACGGCUUCUCAUGAGCCCUACAAUCAAGGUCUACUAGCAACUUCUCCAAGUGCAUUUUGCACUCAUGAUGACUGCUUCAGUUGGCUGCCGCUCCAUUCGAGGUUACCCGGAGAUUUCGGGAGUCCGUAUACUUCACUUCUUCCAUCAAAUCAUACCCCUCGGACUUUGCAGUACGAUGAGCAGAAUGCGAGAUAUAUCAAUGGUCCUUCAGUCGAUAUACAAUCUGCUUUUGGAUCUAAUGGCCUACAAUUGUCUCUUCUUUCAUAUGACAGCAGCCAAGAUUCAAUUAGCGUCAACAGCCUACCUGCACAUACCUACAUAAUAAUAUGCCUCGAUGUUUUGAGUUGGAAUAAUGAUAGAAUCUUUCUAACCUUGAUACCCGAACACCGCCCAAGCCCUUAUACUUCUAGAACGAGUACAGACCGAAUGGGAGCUUUUCGACGUCCAGCUUCCACAACUAUUGAAUCCAGACCUCGAAUUAAUAUGCCUUUAUCCAUGAAACGGCAAACGAUUACCGUUUCUCAAGUCGAUACAUCAACAUCCGGUAGUCCCAUGAAGUUCAGAUUUCUCCCCUUCCUGCCAUCUGGAAUAAGUGUCAUCAAAGCUUUUAUUUUUCAAUCCGAUGGCUCGGACAGUCAUUUAAGUUCUUUCUCUGAACCAUUUGAGUGUAUUGGGGGUGUUGUUUUAUUUGAUAUAUUGCAGCAACACUGCAACCAUGAACAAGUGAUGCUGGCAUUUGGAACUCGGCAACGACUUUCACCUAACUGGUGCACUUUAGCUGAAAGUCUUGUCAGAGACCCUUCGGAUUCGGAUAUCAAACUACUAUAUUCCGAGAAGAAUGCUCUCAACUCUCGCAUGAAUUCUCGCGCAGAUCUCUCUGAGUGGUUGCAUGCAUUAUGCACAUAUCAAUAUAUCACACGAUGUACAUAA